AGACGGGAGGGAGUAGUAUUUUUUUAGUUUAGGAUGGAUAAGAAGCAUUGACUGCUGCGAUUCGCAAUUGGCAAUAUUUUAUGCCCAAGAAAAUUAAAUUAAAUGUAUCAUGCUAUCGACAGCUAUGAUCAUUCAGUGAUUGUAUUCUUCUUUGGGAAACGCUAAUUCCAACUUUUUCCAUCGCAAUCUCCGAUGGCAUUUUACCGAAGCUCCCUUUUACUGCGCAAGGCCUUCGGCGGAAGCCGCCGCGCGGCCGCCGUGAGCUUUUCGUGCAGUUCUCGGGUGGAAGGUUGCUCCGAUCGCCGAAGAUGGUAUUCUAGCUCGGAAGCGGGCUGUGAAGGUACAACCAUGAAAGCGUCGGGGUACCACGUGAGCAGCGGGCCUUCGCACAUGACGGGAGCAGUCUUCUGGGAGCCGAAUAAACCCAUCAGUUUCGAAGAUUUUGAGAUGCCGCGCCCUAAGGCCAAUGAAGUUCUCGUUAAAACCAAGGCGUGUGGAGUCUGCCACUCCGAUCUGCAUGUGAUCAAAGGCGAGAUUCCCUUUCCCACCCCUUGUGCUGUAGGACAUGAGAUUACUGGUGAGGUGGUUGAACAUGGGCCUCUAAGUGACCGUAAAACCAUUGAAAGAUUUCCUGUUGGCUCUCAAGUUGUUGGGGCUUUUAUAAUGCCUUGUGGAAAUUGUUUCUUCUGUUCGAAGGGUCAAGACGACUUAUGUGAGGAUUUCUUUGCUUAUAAUCGAGCAAAAGGGACACUUUAUGAUGGUGAAACAAGGCUAUUUCUUCGAGGCAGUGGCAAGCCAGUUUAUAUGUACAGCAUGGGAGGUCUUGCUGAGUUUUGUGUGGUUCCAGCACAUGGAUUAACAUCUCUGCCGAGCACAUUGCCUUACACAGAAUCUGCUAUCCUAGGAUGUGCAGUUUUCACUGCCUAUGGCGCAAUGGCUCAUGCUGCUCAGGUGCGUCCUGGUGAUGCCAUUGCUGUGAUAGGCAUCGGGGGUGUUGGCUCUAGUUGUCUGCAGAUAGCAAAGGCAUUUGGAGCUUCUGAAAUUAUUGCAGUGGAUGUUCAAGAAGAGAAACUUCAAAAGGCUAAGAUAUUUGGAGCCACUCACGCCAUAAAUGCACGAAAAGAGGAUGCCGUUGCUAAGAUUAAGGAAAUUACAGGAGGAAGGGGUGUCGACGUAGCUGUGGAAGCCUUAGGAAGGCCCCAAACCUUUUCACAAUGUGUACAAAGUGUCCGGGAUGGAGGUAAAGCUGUAAUGAUCGGUCUAACCAUCUCUGGUGCCAAAGGGGAGGUUGAUAUUAACCAUUUGGUUCGUAGACAGAUAAAAGUGAUAGGGUCUUACGGAGGGCGGGCGCGACAAGAUCUCCCGAAAUUGGUGAAGCUGGCAGAGAAAGGCACUUUUAAUCUGCAGGCUGCUGUUUCAAGAAAGUACAAGUUUGAGGAGGUAGGAGAGGCAUAUAAGAACCUAGAUCAGGGGAGCAUUGUUGGGCGUGGUGUGGUCGAGAUUAUGUAAUCACAGUGUGGUGAAUUUGUUGGAACUAACAAAAGUUUAUCUCUUCACUUGUUUGAGGUUGUGUUGCUUCAA